AUGGCAUCCAGUCCGAUUCCCGACUUCAACCACCAUACAAGAGGCAUUAUGAAAACAGCGAUUUAUACAGCUCUCUUGCUGGUAGCAUCAGUUGCUGCCAGCGAGAAGUCGACGGAACAGAAGGCUGAGCCUUUGGAGAAGAAAUUGGACAAACGUGGUCUCCUAAACUUAGGAUACGGCUAUGGUAUUAGCGGGCUAGAUGUCGGAUAUAUCGGCAGUGGUCACGGAAUCGGCGGUGCCUACAAUACAAUCGAGCACGGUGGUCUGUCCCAUGGAUACGGCAACUUCGACCUCGGACACCGUACUGACAUCACCAGAACCGUCACCCUCGUCAAGGGAGUUCCCUACGCCGUACCCGUCGACAGACCCGUCCCAUACCCAGUAGAGAAACACGUGCCCUACCCAGUGAAGGUGCCCGUACCCCAGCCCUACGAAGUCGUCAAACACGUCCCAGUUCACGUUAAGGAGUACGUUAAAGUGCCAGUGCACGUGCCCGCUCCUUACCCAGUGGAAAAGAAGGUUCCCUACCCAGUUCAUGUACCAGUCGACAGGCCUUACCCCGUCAAAGUCCUAGUGCCCCAACCUUACCCAGUUGAAAAGCACGUGCCUUACCCUGUCAAGGUCCCCGUGCCCCAACCCUACCCCGUGGAGAAACACGUGCCAUACCCCGUCGAAGUUAAGGUGCCCGUUCCCCAACCCUACCCAGUUAUCAAACACGUCGGAGUACCUGUCAAAGUUCCAGUUGACAGACCCUACCCUGUUCACGUACCUGCCCCAUACCCAGUUGAGAAACCAGUGCCCGUAGCCGUCCCCGUUGAGAAGCCCGUCGCCUACCCCGUACACGUGCCCGUCGAUAGGCCAUACCCCGUUCACGUGGAAAAACCUUACCCAGUUCCAGUAAAGGUCCCCGUUCCAGAGCCCUACCCAGUAUACAAGCACAUCCCAGUUGAGGUCGAGAAGCCCGUCCCUUACCCAGUGAAGGUCCCAGUCGACAGGCCCUACCCCGUCCACGUAGAGAGGCCAGUGCCCGUCGAGGUCGAGAGGCCAGUGCCAGUCCCAGUCAAAGUACCUGUCUUCGUGGGACAUGAAGGCGGACAUGGCAGCAGUUACGGCGGCCACUAUGCUACGGAGGCUACGGAGGCUCAUACUACGAGCACUAGGGUAUUAUUAUUUAGUUAUAAGCAAUUACGCUAA